AUGACCCACUCGUCCUCUCCCAGCAGGCCUUGUACGCCCGUGAAGCUGGAAGAUACUCCCAGCAGGCCGGGUACGCCGGUGAAAUUGGAAGAUUCUCCCGCAACAACUCCAGAGCCAACACUCCCUGCACGGAAGCUAUCCGCUGAGGCGUCCGACAUCGUCUCCCAGUGGGACAACUUCAUACCGCUCGGUUGCUUGUGCUUCUCUGAAGACCCGGAGGACACCCACAGUCAAGCCCUCGGCUCGUGGAGUGAUAUCUAUCACCUUCCCGAGUCCGGCGACACUUUGUCGCACCUCUCCAGGCUGCUUGAACAUGGCUGGAUACGUCUACAAGUCGCUCACCGUCCAUCAGACCGAGGACCUCUGCUGAUUUUCAGGAUUUAUACACUUCGAAGCGAUGUGGGGCAGAUUUGUAUUGAUCGAAGCCGCCGACAUUUACGGAGUGCACUUCAAGCCGUCAUUCGCGAAAUUGACGUAUCACCAGAAACGUGGACCGGCGAGUACGACUCAGAUACUGAGUGUGCUUUCGAUCCACGAGCUACCCGAGACCAAGACGAUCCGAGCUUGUUCUACGCGUUCAACAAGAUACCCUCUCCCUCGCCAUCUGCAAUUGAAGUGGAGGACAAAUAUGGUCGUGAGGCGCUCAGUGAUCUCUUGCAUUUCGCUCCCUUCGGAUUGGAGACCAAUCUGUAUCCUUACCAGCGCCGUUCCGCAGGAGAAAUGCUGCGCCGGGAACUGGUCCCAAGGUCCAUCGUAGACCCAAGAUUCGAGCGGCGAGCUGCCCCUGAUGGCUCCUUCUACUAUUUCAAUGCUAGAGAGAUCCAAUUCGUACGGAUGCCGGCCAAUUUCGAGAUCUGCCGAGGAGGGAUACUCGCGGAGACCAUGGGUAACGGCAAGACUCUGAUGUGCCUAGCACUGAUUUUGGCAACCAAGAAUCUGCCUCCCAGGAUUCCGGUGAACUAUUCAUGGCCACACCCUCGACCGAGCGUGGGAAGUCUUGCAGAAAUGGCCGCAUCUGCGCUCAAUCAAAAUUCGUUUCCUUGGAAAGUCGAGCUAGAUCGCAUUCAGCAGGCGACUGGCACGACCAUGACCGGUUGCUACCAGAGACUCAGCAAUAACCCGGGCAUCUACGAUGUACCUAUAACUCCAUACAGAUUCAAUCGCACUACACGCACUCCACCGCCUCAUCGUCUGACACUGGCGAAUACUACUCUAAUUGUGGUGCCACGCAAUUUGUGCAAUCAGUGGCAGUCUGAGAUUACAAAGCACGUGGAGGCUGGUGCUUUGAAAGUCCUGAUCAUGGAUGAUCGUAACAAAGAACUACCAUCACCGGACGAACUACGAUCUUACGACAUUGUGUUGUUCACCCGCAACCUAUUCGACAGAGAGAACAAGCACGGCGAGGAUGCACAAGGGCGCAAACUGCACAAAGCUCCCUUAAAGUGCCGCUGUUCUUACAAAGGCUCUGGCAGAGAACGCGACUGCACCUGUCUUCGAGAAGAUAUGCUGUACGACUCACCUUUGAAGCAUCUGCAUUUCAAAAGAUUGGUCAUAGAUGAAGGACAUUUCUUCUCCAGCAGUAGAACAAACACUGCGCUUGUCGCCAGGAAGCUAGUCACAGCCGAUCACAGAUGGAUCGUGAGUGGCACUCCCGCACAGGAUCUGCUAGGAGCUGAGGUACACUUAUCGGCCAAAUCAGAUGCCAACCCACACGAGACCAUCGAGGGUCUUAUUGCACAGCAGCGAUUCUUUAGCGAGAGAGACAAGGCUGGAGCCAUCGACAGCCUAGGCUCCCUUAUAACGAACUUUCUAGAGGUGGAGCCCUGGGUUUCGAACGGGGCGGCUUGGAAGGACUAUAUUUUCUGUCACGACGACCGCAAGCACACGUUCUCCGGGUUCUCGACUUGUUUGCAGAAGACACUUCACAACGUGGUGGUGAAGACAAGAGCUGAAGAUGUGGAGAGAGACAUCGAGCUUCCCCCGUUGCAUCACGCUACAGUCCGCCUGGAGCCUUCGUUUUACGACAAGAUCACUGCUAAUCUGUUCGUACUGGUGUUGACAGCCAACUCUGUGACUUCGGAGCGAGUCGAUGCGGAUUUUCUUUUCCACAAAAACAGUGCUCAAGCGCGGGCUCGACUUGUGACGAAUCUGCGACAAAGUGCAUUCUUCUGGACAGGUUUCAGCGAAUCAGACAUUGAAGCAAGCUUGCGCGUGGGCAGAGGCUACCUACGUAAAGAAGGAACAAACUGCACAGAGGAUGACAGAAAGCUCUUGAGUGAAGCUUUAGCAUGCGCUGAGAGUGUUUUGGGGUCAAAGGGAUGGCGAUCCAUGAGCAGAUCUCAGGAGCUAGGCAUGUUUGUUGAAAACUGGCCCGAAGACUGCGCUGAGCACUGGACCUUUGAUGGCUCUACGCAGCCGUUGAUGACUGGAAUAACACAGCUUGCUCAAGCACAGAAAUUUGUGGACGGCCGGUUGGACGAAGAAGAUCCCGGAGAAGGCCUUGCUGGCGCUGGGAUUAAGGCCUUGGUAUCUACACGAGCUGUGCAAGCCCCGUCGAAGCCGAAAGUCAAAUCGACAAAGCCUACUGUCACCAAGUCAGGAGUACCGGCUUCCAGCAUCGAAUCCUUUGAUGCCAGAUCGAAGUCGCGCAGACCAUCAUCGAGAUCGAGACCGCAGAAGAAGGAACCGAAGGCAGCGAAGACCGUACCAGAUGCCCACACUCAGAAUUCCACGAACUCCCCUUCAAACUCUAGGCUCACCACCGACUCGCGCUAUGCCCCGACCACGAUCGUAGGCACUGCCUCGGCGAAGAUGUCGUAUCUUGUCUCUCAGAUUCUGAAGUUCCAGAGAGAAGAGAAGAUCCUUGUGUUUUACCAAGGCGAUCACAUUGCGUACUACCUCUCACAAGUACUUGACCUCGUGCAAGUCGAACAUGAGAUCUAUGCAAAGUCACUAGACGCCAAACGCAAGUCCGAAUACGUGGUGAACUUCAACAAUGAAGACUCGCCGAUUCGGGUACUGUUGAUGGAUGUUCGUCAAGCUGCUUAUGGGUUGAAUCUCUGCUGCGCAUCACGAAUCUAUUUUGUCAAUCCGGUCUGUAGGCCCAACGAUGAAGCGCAAGCCAUCAAGCGAGCGCACAGGAUCGGCCAGACACGCCCGGUGUUUGUGGAGACGCUCGUGCUAAAGGGCAGUAUGGAGGAGAAGAUGUUUGAGAGGUCCAAGCGCAUGACCAACGACGAACACCGUGAGGCGAAAACACUGGAAGACGAUUACCAAAUCAGGGAAAUCAUCCAGUCCGCACGGAUUCUACCCCUAAAAGAGGAAGAGAUGUCUGUGCGAGGUCAGAUGGCGCCCAUUGAGAAACCUGAGCCUCUGUGGGAUCGAGCAGGCCGCCGCAACUAUGCCGGCCAAUGCGAGACAGGAAAGCGCAAACGGGACAUUGUCUUGAAGGAUGCCACCGACGCGGAGCAAGAAGGUCGGAUUAUUCUGGAAGAUGAAGAUGGAAUUGGACUGCCUUUGGCGAAGAGACGUGCGACCAUGCAUUCGGCGUGA